CCAGGACAAACAUCAUGAUGCCGCUCACGAGAUCAUCGAGACCAUCCGAUGGGUCUGUGAAGAAAUCCCGGAUCUCAAGCUCGCCAUGGAGAACUACGUGUUGAUAGACUAUGACACCAAAAGCUUCGAGAGCAUGCAGAGGCUCUGUGACAAGUACAACCGGGCCAUCGACAGUAUCCACCAGCUGUGGAAGGGCACCACCCAGCCCAUGAAGCUGAACACGCGGCCGUCCAACGGGCUCCUGCGGCACGUCCUGCAGCAGGUCUACAACCACUCGGUGACCGACCCAGAGAAGCUCAACAACUACGAGCCCUUCUCGCCCGAGGUGUAUGGGGAGACGUCCUUCGACCUGGUGGCCCAGAUGAUUGACGAGAUCAAGAUGACCGAGGACGACCUGUUCGUGGACUUGGGGAGCGGUGUGGGCCAGGUCGUACUCCAGGUUGCUGCAGCCACCAACUGCAAGCAUCACUAUGGCGUCGAGAAAGCGGACAUCCCAGCCAAGUACGCGGAGACCAUGGACCGAGAGUUCAGGAAGUGGAUGAAAUGGUAUGGAAAAAAGCAUGCAGAAUACACAUUGGAGAGAGGCGAUUUUCUCUCGGAAGAGUGGAGAGAGCGCAUCGCCAACACGAGUGUUAUAUUUGUGAAUAACUUUGCCUUUGGUCCUGAGGUGGAUCACCAGCUGAAGGAGCGGUUCGCAAAUAUGAAGGAAGGUGGCAGGAUCGUGUCCUCGAAGCCCUUUGCACCUCUAAACUUCAGAAUAAACAGUAGAAACUUGAGUGACAUCGGCACCAUCAUGCGCGUCGUGGAGCUGUCGCCCCUGAAGGGCUCCGUGUCGUGGACGGGGAAGCCGGUCUCCUACUACUUGCACACUAUUGACCGGACCAUACUUGAAAACUAUUUUUCUAGUUUGAAAAAUCCAAAACUCAGGGAGGAACAAGAGGCAGCUCGGCGCCGGCAGCAGCGGGAGAAUAAGAGCAACGCGACUACUCCCACCAAGGUGCCCGAGAGCAAGGCGGCCGGCCCCACGGAUGCCCCCGUGGUAAGCCCCACGCUGGCCUGGCCGGCAGGUGCAGCUCCCACGGUAUUCCGCCCUCGCCCUGCCAUCGCCCCCUGUGUUGCGCAGGAUUCCGGCGCUGAGGAAGACAAAGCUGGAGCAGCCCCCAUCAAGAAGCCGUCCCCCUCCAAGGCCCGCAAGAAGAAGCUGAACAAGAAGGGGCGGAAGAUGGCCGGCCGCAAGCGCGGGCGCCCCAAGAAGAUGAGCACUGCAAACCCUGAGCGAAGGCCCAAGAAGAGCCAAACUGCACUGGAUCUCCUGCACGCCCAGACCGCGUCCCAGACAGCGUCCCCCUCGCCCCAGGAUGCCUACAGGUCACCUCACAGUCCCUUCUACCAGCUACCUCCGAGCGUGCAGCGGCCCUCCCCGAACCCGCUGCUGGGGGCGCCCACCCCGCCCGCGCUGCAGAAGCUGCUAGAGUCCUUCAAGAUUCAGUACCUGCAGUUCUUGGCGUACACAAAGACCCCUCAGUAUAAGGCCAACCUGCAGCAGCUGCUGGACCAGGAGAAGGAGAGGAACACACAGCUGCUGGGCACGGCGCAGCAGCUCUUCAGCCACUGCCAGGAGCAGAAGGAGGAGAUCAGGAGGCUCUUCCAGCAGAAACUGGACGAGCUGGGAGUGAAGGCCCUGACCUACAACGACCUGAUCCAGGCGCAAAAGGAGAUCUCUGCGCACAACCAGCAGCUGCGGGAGCAGUCGGAGCAGCUGGAGAAGGACAACAGUCAGCUGCGCAGCCAGAGCCUGCAGCUGCUCAAGGCCCGGUGUGAGGAGCUGAAGCUGGACUGGGCCACGCUGUCCCUGGAGAAGCUGCUGAAGGAGAAGCAGGCCCUGCGGACCCAGAUCUCGGAGAAGCAGCGGCACUGUCUGGAGCUGCAGAUAAGCAUUGUGGAGCUGGAGAAGAGCCAGCGGCAGCAGGAGCUGCUGCAGCUCAAGUCCUGCCUGCCGCCCGAUGACGCCCUAUCCACGCACCUGCGCGGGAAAGGCACCCUGGGCCGCGAGUUGGAGGCUGACCCCAGCAGGCUGCACCUCGAGCUGGACUGCGCCAAAUUCUCACUGCCCCGCUUCAGCAGCAUGAGCCCGGAACUCUCCAUGAACGGUCACGCCACCAGCUACGAGCUCUGCGGCGCCCUGAGCCGGCCCUCGUCCAAGCAGAACACCCCCCAGUACCUGGCCUCCCCCCUAGACCACGAGGUGGUGCCCUGCACGCCCAGCCACGGCAGCCGGCCACGGCUGGAGAAGCUGUCCGGCCUGGCCGUGCCCGACUACACCAGACUCUCCCCUGCCAAGAUCGUGCUGCGGCGGCACCUGAGCCAGGACCACGCAGCAUCCAGCAGGGCGGCUGCCAGCGAGCUGCACCCACGAGCCGAGCACGCCAAGGAGAAUGGCCUUCCCUACCAGAGCCCCAACACGUCCAGCAGCCUGAAGCUGAGCCCUCAGGAUCCCCGUCCCCCGUCCCCCGGGGCCUUGCAGCUUGCUGGGGAGAAGAGCAGCGAGAAGGGUCUGAAGGAGCGCGCCUACGGCAGCAGCGGGGAGGCCAUCACCAGCCUGCCCAUCAGCAUCCCGCUGAGCACGGUGCAGCCCAGCAAGCUGCCCGUCAGCAUCCCGCUGGCCAGCGUGGUGCUGCCCAGCCGCGCGGAAAGAGUGAGGAGCACCCCGAGCCCUGUGCCGCAGCCCCGAGACUCCGCAUCCACACUUGAAAAGCAGAUCGGUGCUAACGCCCACGGUGCUGGGAGCAAGAGCCUCGCCCUGGCCCCUGCAGGCUUCUCCUACGCCGGCUCAGUGGCCAUCAGUGGGGCCCUGGCUGGCAGCCCUGCGCCACUGGCCCCAGGAGCCGAGCCGUCCGCCUUCGAAGAGUCCUCUGGCUCGGGGAGCAUCUUUGCCGCCGUGGGGUCCCGCAGCUCGACACCACAGCACCCGCCCCUGCUGGCGCAGCCCCGCAGCUCCCACCCAACAUCUCCUGCCCACCAGCUUUCCGCCAGCCCCCGACUAGGUGGGGCUGCCCAGGGCCCCCUCCCUGAUGCUAGUAAGGGGGACCUGCCCUCUGACACCGGCUUCUCGGAUCCGGAGAGCGAGGCCAAGCGGAGGAUCGUCUUCACCAUUUCUGCCGGCAUGGGCAGCGCCAAGCAGUCGCCUUCCAGCAAGCACAGUCCUCUGAGCGCAGGUGCCCGCGGGGACUGCGGGCAGAGCCACGGGCAGGACAGCCGCAAGCGGGGCCGGAGGAAGCGGGCGUCGGCUGGGACCCCCAGCCUGAGUGCGGGCGUGUCCCCCAAGCGCCGGGCCUUGCCACCUGUGGCUGGCCUCUUCACGCAGCCGUCGGGAUCCCCCCUCAACCUCAACUCCAUGGUCAGUAACAUCAACCAGCCCUUGGAGAUCACGGCCAUCUCGUCCCCCGAGAACUCCCUGAAGAGCUCCCCCAUCCCCUACCAGGACCAUGACCAGCCCCCCGUGCUCAAAAAGGAGCGGCCCCUGGGCCAGACCAACGGAGCACACUACUCCCCACUGACCUCGGACGAGGAACCUGGCUCGGAGGACGAGCCUAGCAGUGCCCGAAUUGAGAGAAAAAUUGCAACGAUUUCCCUAGAAAGCAAGUCUCCCCCCAAAACUUUGGAGAAUGGUGGCAGCUUGGCGGGAAGGAAGCUGACGCCCGCGAGCGAGCCCGUCAACAGCAGCAAGUGGAAAUCCACCUUCUCUCCCAUCUCCGACAUCAGCCUGGCCAAGUCCGCGGACAGCCCGCUACAGGCCGGCUCCGCCCUGAGCCAGAACUCCCUGUUCACGUUCCGGCCUACCCUGGAGGAGCCCGUCGCCACGGACGCCAAGCUCGCUGCUCACCCCAGGAAAGGCUUUCCCAGUGCCCUGGCAGGGGCCGAUGGACUCAGCCCAAGCACCAACCCCUCCCAUGGCUUUGCCUUCAGCGGGGGCCUGGCCGCGGAACUCAACUUACACAGCUUCAGCGACGGUGCUUCUCUCGCCCACAAGGGCCCUGAGGCUCUGGGAUCCCCGCUGAGCUUCCCCUCGCAGCGGGGCAAGGAGGCCACGGAGGCCAACCCCUUCCUCGGCAAGAGGCAGCUGGAUGGCCUGUCCGGCCUGAAGGCCGAGGGCGCCAAAGGCAAGGAGGCGGGCGAGAGCGGCCUGGCCCUGUGCGGGCCUGGGGAGAAGGCGCCCCCGCUGUUGGGCAGCAAGGCCAGCAAGGGCCGGGACCGGGAGCUUGACCUCAAGAACGGCCACAACCUCUUCAUCUCCGCGGCAGCCGUGCCUCCCGGGGGUCUCCUCAGCGGGCCCGGCCUGGCCCCGGCGGCGUCCUCUGCAGGCGGCGCAGCCCCCACCGCCCAGACUCACCGGCCCUUCCUGGGCGCCUUCGCCCCGGGCCCACAGUUCACGCUGGGGCCCGUGUCCCUGCAGGCCAACCUCAGCUCGGUGGCCGGCUCGUCUGUGCUGCAGUCCUUGUUCAGCUCAGUGCCGGCCGCCGCGGGCCUGGUCCACGUGUCCUCCGCCGCCACCAGACUGACCAACUCGCACGCCAUGGGCAACUUCUCCUCCGGGGUGACAGGCGGAACAGUUGGAGGUAACUAGGAUUUCUACCUCAACCGCGAGACCUAUGCAAGGACGGUGUGGACCAAGGCGCCCGCUGCACGGUGCUCGCCGGCCUGCCGGGCUCCCCUGAGCAGCGAGGAGGACGGGAGGACGAGCUCUACUGUGAAUCGCGGGACACCCGCAGGAGAGGCUGGGCCUGGUCCAGUUGUACUGUCGAUAGUUUUAGAUAAAGUAUUUAUCGUUUUUUAAAAAGUAUAAACAA